GGGGCGGGCUCGACCGGCGGAUCCCGGUUCUCGGCUGCGGCUCCCGGCUCCCGCUCCCGGCCCCGCCAUGGUGGUGCCAGCGCGUCGCGUGAAGACGGAGUACAUGAAGCGCUUCAAGGAGCCCAAAUGGGAGUCGUGCGGCGCCUGCUACCUGGAGCUGCUGCACUACCGCCUCAGCCGCCGGCUCCUGGAGCAGGCGCACCGGCCCUGGCUCUGGGACGGCUGGGAGCAGGACAGCGGCAGCGGUGGCGGCAGCACCGCCGCGUCCCCUUCGCCGCCGGGCGCCGGCAGCCCCGCGGCCGCGCAGGAGGAGGAGCCACCGGCGGCCGGAGCGGCAGCGGCAGAGCCGAGCGAGACGGGACGGGCGAGCCCCGAGAAAGAAAAAGAAGAUCAAGAAAAGCAGGAGAAGGAAGAGCAAGAAAAAACUGUAGAACACACUUCUGAAAAGGAAGCAGACAAAACCAGCCGUACAGGACGACGUCCAAGUCGAAGUGCCUUGUCCAGUCGUAAUGAUCGCAAAUCAGCCAAAAGUCCUCAAAGGACAGAUGCACCAAAGGAGAAUAAACAUCCAUUUGCUCUGUAUGGAUGGGGAGAAAGACAGACAGAUACUGGAAGCCAGAAAACUCACAAUGUCCGUGCUUCUGCUUCAGUGAAUGAAAUUCAUGAGUCUGCUCUACGAGCAAAGAACAGGAGACAAGUGGAGAAAAGGAAGCUUUCUCAGAGAAGAGUACGAUCAGCAGAAGCAGAAACAGCUUGGCGAACAAAGCCCUCCCCAGCAGAUAACCCUUGGAUGACAGAGUAUAUGAGAUGCUACUCAGCAAGAGCUCUCUGAAUUUGGAUUCCCUUAGGCAUCCUCAAAAGAAGUUGCGCAUAUCAGGACACUGGUGCAAGGAACCAAACUACUUAUGCAAGGUUUUUAUAGGGAGUUUCCAGCUGUUAAAAUAUUUGUUACAAUGUUUUUAUCUUGGCUACCUACCUCACAGUGGGGUGUAUGGGUGUAUCCUUGGAGCCAUAACAUUUGAAGAGGCUUUUAGAUAUAAUUACCCAAACUUUUAAACAAUUCCCCUUUUGGGAAUUUUUCUAAUGCUUCAGUUGAUUUGCUUUCAGGAUGGGGGGGAGGAACCUCAGCAUGCAGGGAGUCAAAGCAAAUACUUUUUUGAUUGUGGUUACAAAUAAUCUGUUGUCCCAUAUUUAAAAAUCCAAGUAAUGGGGAGAUACUGUUAGGGAAAGACUUUCAAGGUGUGAUGGAGGUGCCUUUGUAUUUAUAAUGCUAUUUGAUUCAAUACUUUUACCAAAAUAAGUAUAUGAAGACAGGCAGCAGGAAGCCAGUGGGUCUGGUAAACAGCACUAAUAAAUGUAGAUGCUUUAGGCAGGCAAAUACCAAGUAUUGUCUGCAUACAGAAACUUUAAAAACCCCCAAAACAAACCUUGUUUGAUUAGAGAAUCUGCUGAUGCUAACUUUUAUUGCUGUUUCUAAGGUCAUUAGAAUAAACUACUCGUUUUCAGGGCAAGAAACAGCUACAGGAUUGUUUUGCUGUUGCUGUUCCUGUUGUACCAAAUAACUAAUGUAGACAAUCAUUAUCUGAUAGCUGCUGCUCAAUACGCAGUUGCUUGUUCUACCAGUAUCGAGUUGUGCCACUGUACUAACCUUAUGGUCACACUUAAGUCUACACUUAAUCAUGUAAAUUCAUUGAAGGAGAGGGCUGGCUCCUUUCUAAUGAAGUCUAUUUUUAACACUUCAGAAUAUCUAUUAUGCUCAGUGGAGGUCAGAGUGCAAUAUGCAUUCCAUGUGAAGGUACUAUAGAAGUACAUUGUUAAAGGGUUUAAACUUGAAAAUUGUGUUGAUAAAACUCAUAGAUGAAGUCCUGAGAAGCUUCCUGCCUCUCAGAAUUGGUGCAGAACCCCUCACUGUGAGGGGAUGGGGAGGGGGCAAGGGCUAGGGCUAGGAGGGGUGUAUCCUUUAGUAAACAAGAGCAUAUAACUGAGUUUGAACAUUUUCACUUUGUAGGUCCUACUUCUAUGUAGUAAGACAGUCAUUGUGAUAUCCUCAGUGGUUAUUUCCCUCAUGUGGCUGUAAAAUAUCUUUUCAGUUUUAUAACCAUGCUUUAAGCAGAUUAUUGCUGUAGUCGUGAGCUUCAAAGUUUUGUUCAAGCAUGUUGUGUGUUAGUUACAUGUGUUGGUUAUCUCAGUUUAACUGUUUUGAAGCUUGUGUUUUACAGGCUGGACACUUUCCCACAGGAAGCACACUUGCACUUCUGCAGCAGAAGUCUGCACUAGUUUUAGUUUCAUUCUCAGUGACAGGACGGACUCUAGAAUUACUAUUGCAACACAGUACACACACUUAGUGAAAAGUUUGAUUGUGUUAUUGAAAGCAAUUGCACAAAGGGACCAAGUACUGCUGCCUCCUAGUGUUAAUUAUAUUGCAUCAGUAAAGGUUCAAUUACUCACAAUUUUAAUCUUACUAAAAAGUCCUAGAAUACGUGAAGUUAUAAUCUGAUUUUUAAACUUGCCUUUUAAGCAUAAAGCUAUAAAAAUACAACUCUUGUUCAAGGUUACCUAUUUAAGAUCUUAUAGCUUUUAAGUCUGGGAAUGCAAAGUAUGAUUAAGAAUGUUUUAUACACAGCAAAAUCCCUGUAUUUCAACUUCUAAUAAACCACAGGCUAGAACUUCCUAAAGCUAUAGAACAGCGCCCAAGCCUGCGGAAAAUGAUUCCAGAGGAUGCCUUUGCUCCAUGAGAUUGUUUUUAUUUCCUUUUAUGCUGUGUUUUCCUCUUUAAAUAGCUGCUGUAAAUACGCUUAGGUUGCUUCUGAUGCUGGUUCAAUUUGGAAAGCCACCCUAGCUUUGAACAACAGUGUCAAAGCACCAAUUCAGUAGUGUUUAACAGCCUUAUUCAAUAAAAACUCUGCCUGUUCCUGUUGCUGACAGGCUUUGUAGGCUUUCUGUAGCUACAGCAAAUGGACUGCACCCUCAGUGCAUUUUGUCACAUUCAACCGUUUCCAUGAUUGUGUAGGGCAGGACUCACCUUGCCAUGCUUUUGAAGACAGCUUCUACGGUUCUCUCCUCCCACAGAAAAUGGAGGAGCCAAGAUGACUACUGUGCCUGCCUUAAAUACCCACUUUUGGAGAAGAUGUAUCUCCUGUUAGGUGUUGGUUUUUUGAAUAAUUAUAGGAGGCUUACGUGUCUUCUGUCUUGGAUAUUGGGUACCACAACUUUAAACAUCUCAAAUAGACUUGUUCUAUGUGUUCAAUAAAGCAUGAGAAUUUUCAACAGCAUCAAGGCUGCUGUAUACUGAGGAGACCAUCUAGUUCUAAUCCUUGUCCAGUCAAGAGCUGUUCCCCAUAAAGACCACUUUUUAGAAGAUAGUAGAGACACUAAUUAGGCCACAUGAGUCAUUGUUUUGCUUUUUCAAAAAGUCUGUAGCUAAAAAUAAUCCCUGGGUGCUAUGUUGGUACUAUCUUGGUUUAAGUAAUAAAAUGCCUGAAGUGAGGGGUAAAUUUUUCUGCAAAUCAGGCAGCCUUCCUGCAUUUGGGCAUUAUUUAACUAAAAAGCUAGUAGUUUGCUUAGACUAUAUGAAAUAGUAUAGUUCUGGACACUGCAAGCUGUAUGUGCAAAGUAUUUGGUCUGAAAACUGUUGGUGUUGUGAUAUUAACAAAUGAAAAGCCAACUGAAUUGUAAAGUAGAACUUUUCACAUGUAAAAGCUUUAACUAUAUUCCAUAGAUUCUUACAGGAGGUGGCUGUUUUGCUUCAAAUUGGACUCACUAAAAAUUGAUAGUAAAUAUCUCUCUACCAAUUAAGGAAGUUCUGAACUUUGCCUUGCAUGGACUCUUGAAUUCAGUCAAGUGAAGGACGCUUCUCACUCCUGUUUUAGAAAUAAAACUUUUCUGGUAAGAACACAGUAAAUUUCCAGUUCUCCAAAGUCUUCAUGAAAAUAACUGUUUAUUCCUUUUUGCUUCUGAAAGUACUUAGCUAAGUGAAACAGGAAUUUUACAGUGUGUAAUGCUGCAAUUUAAUUAUAGUGUUGUGAAGACUAGUGUUUACAGUGUAAAAUGUUACCAUGAAAACUGCAUUAAGAAUGUCCCUGUAAAAUACUGUAGCAUGCCUGUUCAGUCACUGCUGUCACAUCUUUGCAACUAUGAAAUACUGACUUUUCCACUGGAUGCUGAGAUAGUCAAGGUGAUCACUAAACUUAGAGCCAAACUUAACAAAACUGAGGGACAGAUGUGAAUUUUUGGUAUUUUAUCCAGGUAGCAAAUGUACAUUUAAAUUGAAUUUUUCAUGUGUAGGGAAGUGUAUCUGCUUUCAUUUUUUUAUGGUAUAAUGCAGUGCCACUGAACUAUAAAGGCCUCUCUGACUUUUUUUUACUGGGAUAGGGACCAAAUGCUAGCAAUCUGAGGGCCUUACAUGUGGGAACCUGGAUGUUCCAGUUUGUUUUCCAGCUCAGAUGGUGCACUCAGCAGCAAAGCCAUAUAUGGAGCCUGACUCAACACCUUGACAGUAGCCCCCAUGAAAUUAGGGGUAUAAUUGAAUGGGAAGCUGCCUCAGCUAUUGUUAGCACUGAAUUCACUUUAAAAACAAUAGGGAAAUACCAUCUAAGCUUGAAGCAAUAUGUGUUUUUUAAAGUUUUUAAACAGUAUUUGUUUUUAAUGCUUCUGUAUUGUCUAUAUUUAAUAGCGUAGUGUCAACUUGUACAUGUGAAUAAAAUGAGUGACACAAAGUG